AUGUCACGAGAAGAGCUGUUGGUCUUGCGAAAGACCCUGAAAGACCUGCUGGACAGAGGAUUCAUCCGAGCGACGCGACCGAUACCCACUGCCCUCAUCGCGGAGACCCUGCAGAAUCUGGCCAAGGCUAAGUGGUUCACCAAGUUGGACGUGGUGGCCGCUUUCCAUAAGAUCCGCAUGGCUCCGGGACAUGAGGGAAAGACUGCAUUUCGCACGAGGUUUGGGCUCUACGAGUGGCUCGUGUGCCCUUUCGGCCUGAGCGGCGCCCCGGCAUCAUUCCAACGAUACAUGAACAGUGUAUUGCGCGAAUGGCUGGACGACUUUGUCACAGCGUACCUGGAUGAUGUACUGAUCUACUCGAGCGGUUCGAAGGCGGAUCAUGAGGCUAAGGUGCGACGAGUUCUCCAAGCACUCGCCGACGCUGGGCUGCACCUAGACCCAGCGAAGUGCGAGAAAGGAAUCGCCUGCGACCCCGAAAAGCAGCGCGCCAUCCGCGAAUGGGAGGCCCCGACCACGGUGAAGGGUGUCAGAAGCUUUCUGGGCUUCGCCAACUAUUACCGGAUCUUCAUCCCCGACUAUGCCAAGAUCACGCAGUCUCUGGAUGCCCUGCUUAAGAAAGGAACUGCCUUUCAUUGGGGACGAGCGGAGAACGAGGCGUUUCAGGAGCUGAAGCGACGAUUUUGCGAGUCACCGGUGCUCAAGCAGUGGGACCCGAGCCUCCCGACCUUUUUGGAGACGGAUUGCUCAGGCUACGCAUUGGGAGGCGUCCUGUCGCAGGAAGGCCCAGAUGGACGUCGACACGCAUGCGCCUUCUUCUCGAAGCGACUUUCGCCAGCGGAGUACAACUAUCCCAUUCACGACAAGGAGAUGCUUGCCAUCAUGAGAUGUCUCGACAACUGGAACGCCGAACUUAGGAGCUGCGGCCCAUUUACAAUCCUUACCGAUCACCGCAACCUGGAGUAUUUCAUGACACGCCAGAAGCUCACGGAACGGCAGAGCCGUUGGGCAGCCGAAUUGUCCCAGUUCGACUUCAAGCUCGAGUAUCGACCGGGAAGCGAGGCUGUCGUGCCUGAUGCGUUGUCCCGCCGUGAACAAGACAAGCCACAGGGCAUUGACGACGAGCGGGAACAAGGAAGAAUGAUACAGUUGAUACCGGAUAGUGCCAUUCCAUCAUCGACAAGAGCAUGUAUCAACGCGAUGAGUUCUGACUGUUCAGAGGCAUCCACCCUGCCGAAGAUGAAGGUCUUCGAGGUAGCGGACCUGCAGCAACUCUGGGACGAAACGGUGGCGAAGGACUCGAUAUUCCGGGCAGCCUAUAAGGCAGUCCGCGAUCGCGAGCGUGCCUUCCCGCCCUCGCUGGGCCUGAAGAUCCAGAUUUCAGAAUGUGCGAUCGACGCAGGCAAAAGGCUGACAUUCAGAGACCGUAUUUGGUCGCAUGACUCUGUUGCGACCGGUCAUCCCGGCAGGGAAGGUACGCUGGCUAUUGUGGCUCGGCGAUUCUACUGGCCUGGGCAGUCCCAGCUGGUUCGCCGGGACGUAGCCAAUUGCGACACCCGCGGCAGAGCACACAUCUGGCGCCAGUCGAAAAGGGGGUUUCUCAAGCCUCUGCCGAUUCCAGAUCGACCCCGAAGCCAUUUGUCCAUGGACUUCAUCACAGAUCUGCCGCCUACUGGACCGAGCAAGGCAAGGUACCUGUGGGUGAUUGUGGACAGACUGACAAAGGCUGUGACCCUCGAGGUGAUGGACAACAUGGAAGCUGAGCAGUGUGCAAACCGUUUUCUCCAGUGUCAUUACCGAUUUCACGGAAUGCCACGGUCCAUCGUCAGCGACCGCGGGAGCAACUGGCUAAGUAGGUUCUGGAAGAGGUUCUGCCGUCUUGCAGGUGUCACGCAGAAAUUGAGCACGGCCUAUCAUCCUCAGACGGACGGAGGGCCAGAGAGAAUGAACCAGGAGAUCGAGGCCUACCUGAGAGCCUACGUGUCGUACGUGCAGGACGACUGGGAGAACUGCUCCUGCCGCGCAGCUGGCACUCAACAAUCGUGA